GAUGUUUACAUGAUGUUUUGAUAAACAGUUUGUGGAUAAAGUCGUGUAAAGGACCCGGGGACCGAAUCUAGAACUUUUUGAAGCUGUUGGAGCUGAGAAGAUCUCACAGCGGAUUCCUGCUUUCUCUUCUGGCGUCGGAGCUUCUGCCCACAAACUGCACUUUCACUCCGGAGUUAUGAAUGGACUACCUGAGGAGCAGACAUGGGUCUGUGUUUGGGCUCAGAGGUCACAGAGGAGGGCAAGCAGGCGAGACUGCACAGUGCUCAGAUUGACCGGGAGCUGUAUGAGCAUGCUCGCAAAGAGAUGAACGUGGUCAAGGUCCUGCUUCUUGGAGCUGCUGAAAGUGGUAAGAGCACGCUGGUUAAACAGAUGAAGAUUAUUCACAGCAAUGGUUUCACCAAACAAGAGCUGGUCAGUUUUAAGCCAGCUGUGUUGGACAACCUGCUGACCUCAAUGAAGUUUGUGCUGCAUGGGAUGGGCGUACUUCGAAUCAACCUGGCCAACAGCAAGAACAAGGUCCACGCUCACUCUGUUCUCUCAUGUGGGAGGUGCUUCGAUGAGGAACAGGUGAUCUUUCCGUUUAUCGGACACGCCCUUUCUUGUCUGUGGGCAGAUCAGGGGGUGAAGACUGCAGCAGCCCGUGGGUACGAGUACGAACUGAACGACUCGGCACUCUAUUUUUUUGAGAACAUGGCUCGGAUCGUGGCGCCAGACUACGUGCCCACAGAGAUGGAUGUUCUGAGAGUGAGAAUCCGGACUACAGGUGUUAUUGAGACCCAGUUUAAGAUCAAACAUCUGGUGUUCAGGCUGUACGAUGUGGGAGGCCAGCGGACGGAAAGGAGGAAGUGGAUCAGUUGUUUUGAGGACGUCAGAGCCGUGCUUUUUGUAGUCGCUCUGAGUGGCUAUGACAUGACACUGGUGGAGGAUCCCUCCAUGAAUCGGCUGCAGGAGAGUCUCAGGCUGUUUUCUUCAAUCUGUAAUAAUGUGUUCUUCAGGAGCACCUCGAUGAUUUUAUUCUUGAACAAGAUCGAUCUUUUCCAAGAGAAGAUCCUCCAUUCUAAUCGUCACCUCAGACACUACCUGCCUCUCUACAAAGGUGCUGACUGUGAUGUGGAUGCCGCCGCCCGCUAUAUUUCCUCCAUGUUCAUCUCUCAGAACCUCUCGCCCAGGAAGCUGAUCUAUCAUCACUUCACCACGGCAACGGACACCUCCAACGUGCAGGUGGUAUUUCAGGUGGUGAUGGACACCAUUGUGAAAGAGAACCUGGAGGCUGUGUCGCUGCUGUAAGAUCUGAGUCCACAGACGUGCACACGCUGAUCCUGUACCAGUGUGAUCAUCAGCACCUCAUACGGCCUUCAUGCAGGUUCUCACACUAUUAUUCUGGAUGCAGGACCAAGAGUUCGGUACAUUUGAACAUGUGUGAAAGCUAAAAUCCUGCACUGAAACUGAAAGCAGGGGUCUGAAGUUCACUAGUGAUCUGGUUCUGGGGUGAAUCAUCUGAGAACAUCAGUGGUUAAGCUUUUCAUGUUGUUUCCUGAUUCAGGUUUUGUCUGAAGGUUCUAUAACUGAGAGAUCCAGAACUGCACAAUUCCUGAGUGACUACAAUCAUUAAAACUGGGUAAUAUUUCUGUUUAAAGCUAAGAGCUUUAACUGAACAACAUGGAACGAUGUAUGCUUUGGUAUUGCAACAAAACAUGGGACUGAGGCUCCUGUCUGACUGGUGCACGGAAUAGUCUUUGCCCGGACCAUUCAUCCAGAGGUCACGAGUGUGAAUGCCAUCUGUGCCAUGUUUUCUAAAUGAAAGGAACAUUCUAGUCUCUCCUGUCAUUUAGGGCAUCACCAGUCAAACUUGAAAGCUGAGGAAGAGAAGUCAAAUAAAUAUAAUAUUAUUUAUGUUAAACAUUUUUCAUCCUUUGCUGUGGAAAACUAAAAUCAUUAUCAAGCUUCAUUCUAAACUCUCAGUGUUGCAUUGGGACAAAGAAGAUUGAGGGCUGUUUCGUCCUUAAAAGUCCUUAAAUUCUGGAAGCCUCGCUGAGAUAUAAGGCAUCAUGGACUUUAUGAAGUACCAGAAGAUUUAAAAUGAAGGUCAAAAGUGUAAGACUGGAUCAUGGUUGGAAUUUUUACUUCUUACUACUAUCAGUAACCCUGUGCCAUAAUCAUGUGGGCUCAGAUAAAGAUGGGAGUCUUCAAGAAAGGACCUAGAAGGCUGGAGAAUCGGAGUCUCCAGUCUUAUCAAGGAUUAUAAAAGAAGACUGUGCACAACAUGCAACCAUCAAGAGCAUCAAUAGUUUUCCUGAGACUGUUUUUAUAUUAAAUAGAGGCAUUUUUUCAUAGCCUUUGAUACACAGCAUGACCAAGAGUGCCAAUAAUUCUGAAGUUGACUAUAUGAAAGAGAAAAAGGAAGGGUUCGAGACAGAACAGGAUCAUUUUGCACAGUUGUUUGUACAUUUUGCAGAAGUUUGCGUGUGCCGAUGCUCAGCUCAUCUGACUGUGGUGUUUUUCACAUCACUACCUGCCUGAGAAAGAACUUCAUGUAUGUGAGAGUUAAUGAUCAGCGUGCUAAAUGUGUGUUUUCACACUCUAUUCUGUCUUAUCACCUUAGAAACGCACCGCAAUCCAUCCGUCCCUCCAUCCAUCCAUCCAUCCCCACAACCGUUCAUACAUAGAACAGAAUCGUGGUGUGUUGUGGACUAAGCCGAGUGUUGAAAUAUGUACAAAUAGACAUCGUGAUUUAUCAUGACGGGUCUUUUUAGGACUGUGAUGUGCUUUCUUGAGACUGGAAAUCCUGCAGUUUUUGUUGUUUUUUAGAACAGUAACUAUAUUCAGUGGUCCAUGAAACGAGGGGACGAGCUUAAAUCUUUAAUGCACUGGUUCUUUACGCUGGACUGGUCUGAAAUGAGGGUCACAGGAUAAUUAUUAUAAAACCAUUAUUAAUACAAACAUUUAAGCAAACAAAUAUAAUGGCUUUUAAAGGUUUUCUAGCAUUCUGUCAUUUCGUUAACUUGGGCUGUUUAUUUAAUAUAAAGCUUGAGCUUAAGUUGAAUCUUUGAAGUGUUUUGUGUUUUUGCAAAUGAAGGUGUUUGUGU